UGUGUGUGUGUGUGUGUGUGUGUGCUUGCAUUAUGUGGGCCCUGUUUCACAAAGGCUGACGAGUCGGUUUGAGUACAUCCUGGUGGUCAGUCUGUGUACUGCAGCUGACCUCGUACAAUGUCAAAUGGAUCCCAAAAAAGAAGAGAAAAGAAAAGAAAAAAAUAUUCAGACAAAGUAUAUUUAUAUCAAAGUGCCAGCCGACCACUACCAAGUACCUUUAGGCCAGGUACUAAGCAGUCCCUUAAAAACAUGUAAUAUACCUUUUGGAAUUUGUACCUUCGUGUUUGUGUUCGUCACCAAUAUUGUGUAUGGUAAUUUUGGGAAGUGUCUCCCAGAUCUCAGCUAUUAUUGGUUGACAAUAUUGUCAUAAGCAGACAUGUCAGGAAAAGCACAGGUGUUACUAAUAACAGUAACGACGCCCCCAUUUAAUUUAAUUCAGCUAUCGUAAAUUUGAUUAGUCACACCUGUGCGAUUCCUACCGUGACUUAUUCUACCUGUAUUCAGUGAAAAUGGCCUUUCAAUAUCCCAAAAAUCAGGAUUGGAAAUUAUUCGUUAAGCUCCAAAAAAUUUCCCUAAUUUCUUUAUUGCAAGAUGGCGAACAGAGCCAGUUAAAAUGAAAACAAGUUGUGCAUCGUACAGGAAUGAAGAGCUCCAGACGCCGAUGUCCUCCGGUGAGAUGAUCCACGCCGACGAAGAGUCGCAUGCCGUCGCCCGCACCCUCGAUCCGAGAGGAGGCGCGCCGUCUCGUUUUUGGCUAAACGUCGGCGACUGCAGAUCGGGCAUCGGGACGCGGCCUUCACCUUUCUCCACCUCCCCUCCCCACCGGCGUUGUCUUCCAGAGGGGCCGCAUCGCUCCACGCCGUCCUCUGCGGCCUCAGCCCUCUCGCGGCGGUGCCAGCGCCCACGGGAGGCCACGUGGUCGAGACUCGUUUUCGACGUGCGAGACGUUUUUAGUUUGAUGGGAAAUAAUUCAAAGGUCACGGUGGACCGGCGUGACGGGGUGAUCAUAUUCUGUGAUGAGGACUUGGCGCUGCGACGCUUUGGGGACAUUUACUACACUGAGGACUGUAGAGCGUCUACGGGGGACACCGGCUGGCACAUCGAUGAUAACAACAACAACGCUCUGAGCGCCAACGACUCUAACGGGAAUCAACUUGCCAUCAGGGACCAUUUCAACAACUUUAAAAGUCGUCUGAAAUCCUGUGACGGCGACGAUGAAGUGUUGCGUGGGAGUGACGCCAAAGGAAAAAAGAGGAAGAGUGUCUCCUUCGAGGAUGACGUCAUGGUCUACCUGUUUGAUCAGGAGAGUCCCACCUUGGAGCUCCACUCUGGGGCCUACUCAUCUCUACCAGACGUCCCAUUGGAAGACAAUGGCUUGGAGUGGGAAGAUGACUUUUCGGCUUUGGAGAAGAACUGCCAUUUCCAGUGCGUCGGACACUCUCAGCGACACACACACAGCGCCGCUCUGUCCCGGCGCUUCAUUCUGUCCCAAAGCUGCCUGUUCCUCACACAUGUCACCGAGUCAGACCUUGAGCCCUGAGAUAAAGUGUUAUUUACACACACACACACACGCACACACGCACACACUCAUUGAAUUGUAGGUGCUGAUUUUUAUGACACGGUGGCGGUCAAACGCAGCUUUUCCAUCACGUCGUCUACUGUCACCAUGGCCCACGGUGACAUCCACACUUGUUUUUCUUUCACACUCCACCAUGGCCUCAUGGAAAAAACUGACUAAUCGACCAGAUCUCACCCUCUUCACCUCUAACUCAUCUCCCCACAUCCCCCCUUUUUUACGAUGAGUCACGGAUUUUAAUGGCUUUUUUCUCUCCCUCUCUAUGUCUCUCCCUCACUCUCUCUCUCUGCUCCAAAUGGCUUCAAAGCACCUGUCGUUCAUGACAUCACAGCCACGCACCGCUGUGCGUUCAGCGUUCACAGUUGUUGCCGUGUGAAGAUCAGAGGCCGUGAUGCUGUUUCAUAACAGCGAUGGUACCAUUGCAGCUGCAAACCUGUUUGGAAGCUGCUUUCAAUGCCAGGAAUUGUGACCUAACUUGGACCUACAAGCUGUAAAAAUGUACAAAUGUUAUCAAUACCAGUAAAGUCAAUUUAAUAAAUUGU